CAGUACAAUGUAGUUAUAAAGUUCACAUCAUUAACAUCUAAAGGUACCAAAGACUUAAGUUAUUCAAACCGUAUCUCAAGCAAUAUUACUAGAAUUCUGAGGCAAGGAACUUGACAAGACGACAAUGGAGGGUAUGUGGAUUAUCUGUGCCAUGUUGCUGAUAACAGGACUACUGACGGGCCAGGGUGACGCCCAAAGACCCCAAACCACACUUCCAGGAACCACCACAAGGUUAACGGGUAUCUACCUACCCUACAAUGAAUCCCAGUACCUUAACGUCGACACGAGGAUGGAGGCCUUUCUUGGGAUCCCGUUCGCUGAACCACCGACAGGAGAUCUCAGGUUCAAGAACCCCGUCAAGAAAGGUGACCUUGGAAGGACCUACCUCGCCAUUACCAACAGACCACAGUGUCCACAGACAUCUCCAUUAGAUGAUAUACCAGGCAAUCCAGGUGUUGGAAGAGAGGUAGAUGAGGAUUGCCUGUAUCUUGCAGUUCACACUAGUUCACCUCGGCCCAGCAAUGCACCUGUUGUGGUCUGGUUUCAUGGCGGUGGAUAUACAAUAGGUGCAGGUUCUGCUACCUACUACGAACCCCUUCCCCUGAUCGCACUCGCUCCCGACAUCGUCUUCGUUACAGUGAAUUACAGACUGGGCGUGUAUGGCUUCCUCACAACCGGUGACAGCGUUUCCCCUGGGAAUUAUGGAAUGUUUGAUCAGGUGAUGGCCUUAGAAUGGGUACAAACUAAUAUUGAUGCUUUCGGUGGUGACCCAAGUAGGGUGACGAUAAUGGGGGAGAGUGCUGGGGCAUCCAGCGCUGGUCUUCAUCUUUUGUCACCACUUAGUGAUGGAUUAUUCCAUCAGGUUAUUAUGCAGAGUGGGAAUGCGCUGUGUCCGUGGGCUGUCGAUACGGUGAUUGACCGUCAAGUCGGAUUCACCAGAGAGAUUGCAGACCAAGUCAACUGCACUGACCUGGACAAUGAACUCGUAGUCGAAUGUCUGAGAGAUGUGGACGAACCUGUCUUGACACAAGCACAGGCAACGUUGACUUUGAAAUAUCUCACCAACGAGCUGCUGUUUACCCCCGUUGUCGACCAAGCUUUCAUUCCCGAUCUCCCCGUCGAAAUCAUCAAACGUCAGGAGUUUCGGAGCGUGCCCACCCUCUUAGGAACAAACGAAGACGAAGGUACCUUGAUAGCCCUCCGUGCUUACCCUAGCUAUGUGUUGAGACAGAACCCUCCGACAGUGACCCUAGAGGACUUCAUCAAGCUCUUACCAGACUAUCUCUUCUAUUACACCCCUAUGCUAGCUACAGCCACGGAGCAGUGGUACGUCGACUGGAGGCAGGCAGAUGACUCUGCAGCUAACCAAGUCAACGCGUUUAUCAAAUUGAAUACGGAUCAGAUGUUUGCCUGUCCGACCGAAGCUAUGGCCCGAGCGAUGGUGGACACAGGAGCCCCUGUAUACCGUUAUGAAAUGACCCAUGACCCGACGAUGUCCAUCUUUAUAGGACUACCCGGAUGGCUAGGGGCAGGUCAUGCCGAGGAGCUACAGUUUGUCUUCGCUUGGGGACUCAACCAGGAUUUAACAGACGUCUUAAAGAGACAGUCCGACGAGGAGAAAUCAAUGUCGGUUCAGUUCAUGCGAUACUGGACCAAUUUCAUCCAAACUGGAGAUCCAAAUGGACUUCAGUCUACAGGUGAAUACCCUGAAUGGCCACGGUACACUUUACCAGAGCAGGAAUACAAGAAACUAUCACUUACCAUGGAGAAUGGUCGUGCUAUGAGGGCGGAUACUUGUACUUUCUGGCUUAAUUAUGCUCCUGCGCUGAACUCAUAUGGAGACUUUUCUGGAUUAUAUGAAGAAUGGGGAGAACAAUACACACAAUGGAGAGAUAUCCAUAUGGUUCAAUGGACGGAUACAUUUGAAGAAUACAAGAAUAACGACCAAUGUGGAACUCCAUAGAAUUUAUUUUAAAAACAGUAUUUUGUGGGUGUUUUCUGCCUUUCAUGUCGAUGAUAUCGGUAUACGUCAAACAUUGUAACACCAAUGAUGAAAUUAUCAUUUACAUAAGCAAUUAAAGGUACGUUUCAUAAUGAAAGAUAAGGUGAAAUCAUGAUUAUGGCAAGAAGAGGCUUGCUGGGGUGAAAGCGUCCUCGAUUUAUUUUUUUACAAAAGUGCAUGAUCAGGGGCAGAUCAAGAUUAGGGGAGGGGGGGGGGGGGCACAGUUCCGAAAAGCAUACAAUCAAUCAUUAUCAAUACAUAAUUUUUCUUUACCCUUAGGUUUGUAAGUUAGGUCUCCAAAGAGGGGGGGGGGGAGGGCAAUGGACGGAUGUGUCUCCAACACAAAUCUGCCAAUUCAGUGAUAAUUGGUGGAUUUAUUUUAAGAAAUUGCUAACGGGCUCAUUUUAAUCAUUACUCGCAAAUGCACGGCUCUGUGGAAGCAUUCAAUAAAUAAAGGUCAUACAAAUGUUAUCAUUCGAUAAACAGGCAUUGAUAUCAUUAUCAUCUAGGCGAUAUCAACCAAUGACUAUGUACAUGGAGGUGUAAUAAUCGUCUCGGUAAACAGUGUUAAAUGUUACAAUAAGCUGAGGUCAACCAUGAAUUAAAUUACAUUUGUACGUUUGUCUGUACUCUGAUACCCCAAGGGGGGGGGGGGGGGGUCAAAGAGUCAAUACAAUUCUACAAAAUUCUACAAAAAUGUCAGAACCCUGUAAAUAUACCGUUAUGUAAUAAAUUAAAUAUGAAACUACUUCUUACGGAGUUUAGUGUAUGUUUAUAUUUUAAGAGUAGUUUACUCUGAAAGUGUUUGGAAGGGGAUGCUGACAUCAUUUAAGCUCUAGGACGAUAUGGAGUAGGCAAGGGAAGUUUUUAUUUAAAAGCAAAAAGAAGUAGAAAAGUGUUGAUCAUUUGAACAAAAAGAGGUUUACAAGCAAAAAAGUUUCAAAACUUUAACCUUCUGAUUAGCAGACAUAUUGGAUAUAGAGAUUGAUAAUGAUAAUUUCCUGCCCUUUCCCCUGCAAAGUUAAGCACCACCACUUAUAUUAGCACACUGCAACCCAACAGAAAAACCUGAAAAUUCUGGGAUAUUUUUACCCACAUGUACAAUUCUAUCGGUCUCAAAAAACUUUUCACCAGAUACAAUUCCCAAUGAACUUUAUCCCCAACCAAGAGGUAUCAAGUUCA